CUAUUAGCUGGUAUCCAUGCUAUGCUACAAACUUUUCUACUCUUUUUAAAACUCUCCCCCUUAAUCUUCGCUCCAAUAUCUAAAAGAUCAUACUAUAGCUAGCAAGUGCUCAAUAUUCGAGAGAGAGAGAGAGAGAGAGAGAAGAUUUAUUCUUCAAAGACCCAUCUUCAAGUGCUGAUCUGUGUACUUCACCAAAAUGGGCAAGGUAGCUGGUGCUUUCAUCUGCAUAUUGAUCGUGGGGCUGGAUGUCGUGGCCGGUAUUCUGGGUAUUGAAGCCGAAGUUGAAGAAAACAAGGUGAAGCACAUGAGGCUGUGGAUAUUCGAGUGUCGAGACCCAAGCAAACAGGCAUUGAAGCUAGGGUUAGCAGCAGCAGGAGUUCUGUGUAUAGCCCAUGUCAUAGCAAACUUGCUUGGUGGGUGCAAUUGCAUUUGCUCUCAGGAAGAGUUCGAAAAGGCUUCCCCAAGCAGGCAACUCUCAGUGGCAUGCCUCGUUUUCACUUGGAUAAUAUUUGCCGUCGGAUUGGGCACGCUGGUGAUUGGGACAUGGUCAAAUCACAAGUCCAACGCUUCUUGCGGUUUCACACACCAUCAUUUUCUGUCCAUUGGGGGGAUUUUGUGUUUUGUUCAUGCUCUGUUUAGUGUUGCAUAUUACGUUUCUACCACUGCCAUUCUUAACGAAUAAGAUGACUAUAUUUAACAUUACUCAUUUCCUAA